GCUAGCUCAAUUAUUGCAUCCACUUCUCCCAGAGUGACUGUUGACCAGCUGAUAUCACAUCCCCUCCUCCUCACUCCCCUUCUCCUCCACUAGGCAGGUAGUAGUAAAUCUGAAGCACCAUCGCCUUCACUGGGAAAAAUCUGUCCAGGUUAAUUACAUAUAUAGUGACUGCAAAUGGAACACAAAGCUAGCACUGCGCGAAGUGACCUGGAGCAGAUGUUAGUCGAUGAAACCGCACUGCCCAAGGCCCUGCCACUAUCACUUUUGGAGGAAAUCACAGAUGAUUUCUCUGAUGAGCAGGAGAUUGGACGUGGUGGAUUUGCAGUGGUUUAUAAGGGAAUACUUGGCGAUAGGGCGAUCGCCGUGAAGAGGCUGUCCAAAGCUUAUAUGCAUGAAAGAGAAUUUCAUAGAGAGGUUCGAUGCCUGAUGCGGGUAACGCACAAAAAUGUUGUAAGAUUUCUGGGAUAUUGUGCUGACACCCAAGGAAGCAUGGAACGGUACGACGGAGAACUUGUCAUGGCAGAUGUGCGACAAAGAUUGCUUUGCUUCGAGUAUAUACCUAAAGGGGGUCUUGAUAAGUAUAUCAUGGAUGCAAAUCGUGAGUGGACAACAUGCUAUAAAAUAAUUAAAGGGAUUUGUGAGGGUCUACAGUACCUUCAUGAGAAGCAUAUUAUUCACUUGGAUCUUAAACCGGCCAAUAUAUUGCUUGAUGACAACAUGGUGCCGAAAAUCACUGAUUUUGGCUUAUCAAGAUGCUUCAACGAAAAUCAAAGCCGGGAUAUUACCAAAACUAUCUUAGGAACAAUGGGAUAUUUGGCACCAGAACUUCGUGAAGGGGGUGUAAUUGCACGCAGCGAUGACUUGUAUAGUCUUGGUGUUAUCAUCAUAGAAGUACUGACCGGACAGAAGGGUUAUCAAGCGACCGAGGAUGUACUUGAAAGUUGGAGUGAUAGGCUGGAGAGAUCACAGCGAGACACACUAUCAGAACAAAUACGAGUAUGCUACAAGAUAGCUUUAGAAUGCAGAGACUUCAAUCCAAAAAAGAGACCAGCUAGUGCACGUGACAUACUUGACAGGCUUCACGAAUUGGAGAGUAUCCAGGAGCUCCGCAAGAGCGCCAUUGGCAUCCUGGAGUUGGCCAUCCUGGGCGCGCGUGGCCUGGUGCCAAUGAAGGACAAGGAAGGGCAGCAGCUCACGGACCCUUACUGCAUCGUCAAGUACGGCGAGAAGUGGGUGCGCACAAACACGCUGCUCAACACCCUCGAGCCGCGGUGGAACGCGUUGUUCACCUGGGACGUGUUCGAUCUCAGCACGGUCGUCACCAUCGCCGUUUUCGACGACUGCCACCUCUUCUCCUCCUCCCACGGCCGGCAUGAUGCCAGGGACCAGCAGAUCGGCAAGACACGUAUCCGCCUCACCAUCCUGGAGACCAACCGCGUGUACACGCAAUUCUACCCAUUGAUAGCACUGCAACCGGCAGGCGUGAAAAAGAUGGGGGAGCUCCAGCUUGGCGUUCGCUUCACCUGCAAGUCGUGGCCCAAAAUGCUGGCCAUGUACGGCAAACCGCUGCUCCAUAGGAUGAACUACAGCAACCCUAUCCCCGCGGGACAGCAGGACUACCUACGGUUCCAGGCGGUGCAGAUGGUGGCGAAGCAGUUGGAGCGGGCCGAGCCGCCCCUGCGGAAGGAGGUGGUGGAGUACAUGCUCGACGUCGACUCCCACAUGUUCAGCCUGCGCCGGCUCAAGGCCAACUUCUUCCGGCUCAUGUCCGUCUUCUCCGCCGUCAUCGCCGUUGGGAAGUGCUUAGACGGCAUCUGCAAGUGGAAGAAUCCGCUUAUCACGAUCUUGGUUCACGUGGUGUUCCUGACAUUGGUGUGCUACUCGGAGUUGAUCCUUCCGAUGGUGUUCCUGUGCAUGAUCAUGAUCGCGGCGUGGAACUACCGCUGCCGGCCACGGGUGCCGCCGCACAUGGACACGAGGGUGUCAUACGCGGAAGUGGCACACCCGGACGAGUUGGACGAGGAGUUCGACAUGCUGCCGCCACCAUACAUGGACACGGUGUUAUCGUACCUUGAUCAGGUGUACCCAGGCGAGCUGAACGAGGAGUUCAAUACGUCUAAGCUGGACGAGUACAUCGUGCGGAUGAGGUAUGAUCGACUGAGGAGCAUUGCCGGCCGGGUGCAGACCGUGAUGGGCGACCUGGCUACAGAGGUGGAGCGCAUUCAGUCGCUGCUCAGCUGGCACGACACCAGGGCAACUCCCAUCUUCAUCACCCUCUGCCUGAUGGUGGCCAUCGUACUGUACUUGAUGCCAUUCCGAGUGGUGGCCAUAGUGAUGGGGUUGUACUUCCUCCGCUCACCAUGGUUCCGGAGCAGGUCCAACAUGCUCAUCAACUUCUACAGGCGUUUUCCCUCCAAGAUCGACAUGGUGCUAUAAAAGGAAUGCAUGCAGCAUCCGUUCUUGUUCUUACCUUUGUUUAGGUUGAUUAUGUUACAUGAUUCUUAUCUAUUUUUAUGUUGUUGUGAAUUCUGUAGCACGUCACUCCUUC